UCAAAAGUUAUAACUAAUAGCAACGAAAAUCUAUUAUCUUUAAUAAUAAUUAAUUAUUCUAUUAAUGUAAAGUUGCUUAAAAUAAAUUUUUGUUUUUAAUUAAUAGACUAUGAGAUAUAUCAUUAUGUACUCAAUCUCGAAGAACACUUUUUCAGCAUAGAUUUCUAGACGCGUAUGGGUUUGGGGUUAUCCAACGAGUUUAGAUUUAUUGGCGGACUAGUUUUUGAAGUGAAUUAUUAGUAAAGUUAACCUGACUAUGUAUGCACAUUUUCUGUAUUUCACAUUCUUGCAAAUCGUAUUUUCCGAAUUUUACACGAAUGAAGAUGGUGUUAAACUUGAAUUCAUCAUAAACUUUAAAAACAGAUGCGGUUCCAAGAAUGAAAUUUUCGCAAUUCUACAAACACUGUCCAUCACCCAGUGCGUUGUGGAAUGUAGUUUGCGGGAGCACUGUGCUGCUUUGAAUUAUAGAAGACUUUUCCACAUGUGUGAACUACUUUCUGUGGCGGAGGAAGGUGAAACUAUAACUAGAGGCUGUAUUUUUAUUCCUGCGUCUGAUAUUAAUGUCUUACAGAAUCCCUGUGGUGUGUGCGGUGUUGGUAAGGUGUGUGAUACACUUAGUCAAACAUGCGUCUUUAAAGAGUGUCCAAUAGCAAGAGUUCCGGAGAAUGGACAGGUACUUGGCAAUACUAAUGAAAUUGGCGCAAUGAUUAAGUAUGUAUGUGACGAUGAAGCAUCUGAUGGGGCCAUGAUUGCUGUCUGCCUGACCAAUGGACAAUGGAGUACAACUGUCAACUGCUCCAACGCCUGCGGAAAUCCUGCAAACAUAUCUAAUGGAAACGUAGUUGUGAAUAGUAGUGCCAUAUAUCAGAAUACAGCAACAGUGACCUGCGAUCCUGGCUACAAAGGAAGUGUUGAUACAAUCAGUUGUACUACUUCAGGCAGUUGGGAGACCGUUACCUGUGACCCAAUAUCUUGUGGAAACCCACCAUCUGUAAUAGAUAAUGGAAUCAUCGUCUUGCAUUCUGGCACAAUGUACAUGGAUACCGCGUCGGUGAUCUGUAAUACAAACUUCCAGUCUAGUUCCAGCACUAUCAGUUGUACAGCGUCAGGCAGUUGGGAGACAGCUUCAUGUGUAGCAGUCGAUUGCUACAUAAAUGAUGUCUGGGAUUAUGCUGGCACGAAAAACAUUACAGACACCGGUUAUGAUUGCGAAAGGUGGGAUAACCAUAUUGGCGAUUGGAAUAUAGAUGCUGCAUACCUUCCGGAAGCGUCAUUAUCGGAAGCCGAAAAUUAUUGCCGUAACCCAACAAGCGAACAAUGGAACAUCUGGUGUUUCUCCUCCCGUCCAAAUGUAGAAUGGGAAUACUGUGACAUUUCACGUUGCUAAUUGUUAAAUAUUGUCUACAUUACAAGUAGUCCAAAUAUAAAUAGUGCUAAUCUUUCUCCCUUUCCUCGUGCCCUUUCUCAAUAGCAACGUGUUUUCUUUUACUCUACCGCUUUUCAGAGUGUAUCACUUGGCAUUCUAUCGAAAUCGCCAUGUUCCUAUCGCAUGCUAAGUAAAAACGGCGGCGUAAGAAUUUAAUGUCUCGAAAAGAGAAAUUUAAAGAAGCGAAAGGUAGUAAAUUCAGCGGGUUGUAUUUAACGAACUGUAGUAAAAGUUAACACCCCUUUUCUUUUUUCUUUUUGUUUUUCUAUAGUAGCGAUAUACCGGUAGUUCUUUAUGAGAAUAUAAGUCUCCAAAAAUCUGAUAUGCUAGAAAAUGUCGAAAAACCGUAAUAAAGUAAGAGGAUUUUAUAUGAAAUAAAGAACAGCCGGAUUUAGUGGUGUUCAGCCUUAAAAUAAACGACUGUCACUUAGCCUCUUCAGACAAAAUGUCGGAUACUGAUAGUGUCACAUGCUAUAUACAGUCACACUUGCAUGUCAUGACCACCCUUGGCAAAUGAAGGUAAUGGUCCUUGUUGAAAAAAGGUCUUUCAACACAGGUAAAUUUACACUAUUUAUUGAUAAACGGGAAGAAAAAUAUUCCACCACUGCGAAGAACAGGUUUGUACUGGUACAGAAUCAAGGAACACUGGUUAGGUUAACUACCAGCCGUUACAUAAUCGAAACUUCUAAUGCUUACAGUACGAUUUGGCAAAGGAUGCUAUUAAAUCAAUGUUAUAUUAACAAAGUCGACCAUCUCGAGAAAUGUAAUAGUUUAGCUUUCAUUACAUAAAUCCUUAUCCUACCAUCCACAGAAGGUUCCUGGAACGUCCGCCACAACGGCUUAUCAGAGCGACCUGUGAUUUAUACAUUAAGUUAGAUGGGUUUUAUUUUAUGUUCACUAGUAUGAAUUCCAGUUUUGAUAAAGUUCAUUAUUGUUCCUACAAUAAAAUUUAUUUUUAAUGAUAUAUUUUUAUAAACGUAAGCCUUACUAUUCUUGCUUUCAAAUUUGAUAUCAUAUAAAGGUUACACAACACUAAAUAGUAUUCCCUAUAUAUUCUAUAUAAAACUGACAUUUUUUAAAGAGCUACCAAACAUAGCUAGACUCAUUUUAGAGAACAAAUCCUUACCUUAUUUUAAAGAGUUAUGAUAAAACUGAUAUAAAAUGAAAAGAAAAGUAUGGGUCAUGUAUCUUCUAAGCGUGUUUUCUCUUGUCACAUUUGCUUAUUGUAAAAUCACAUCAAAAUCAUACUGCUGUGACCUGGAAGUACUACUCGUACUAGAAUUGAGUUUCACUUCACCAAAUACAACCUCCUCUCCCAUUUAUUCUACCAAAAUGUCAAGUGAAAAAUUAGUGCUCAAAAACCUUUCCGCCUUUACGCGAUAGACCAGAUGGCCCCCACGCUGGUUCCUUUACUACAGUUAGGCCUAUAAAUCAUACAAUGUGUGUUAAGGACAGAAACAACGUUAGUUUAUCAGCCUUUUAUUUAGCGGAUAAUGCAG